GAACGGAAACACACUUAUUCUUUAAACUGGUCCUCUUAACUAGUUGUGCAUUUACAUCCAGGAAAUUAAGAGCACCAUGGGUGACUAUAUUAAGAGUAUUGAUCCUACAACAGCAGAGAAAAGUCUGCAGGAACCUAAAGUGAAAAGGAGGUACACCUGCAGAUCAAGGAAAAAUGGAGACCUGUACCCAAAACGGCUUCUUGCAGCAUCCACAGAUGCUCUUCAGUCAGGAAUACAGUUUGGAUCCAACAAGUACCUUGCCAUGUGUGGACUGGCAGGAAUAAUGAGCUGUGGAAUCACCCACACUGGGAUGGUACCACUGGAUGUCGUCAAGUGCAGGAUACAGGUUGAUCCUGCAACGUACAAGAAUACCUUAAACGGGUUCAGGGUGACCAUUGCUAAUGAUGGCAUCCGAGGUCUCGCGAUUGGCUGGGCACCAACAGCAAUUGGCUACUCUCUCCAGGGCAUGCACAAGUUUGGGCUGUACGAGUUCUUCAAGAUCAAAUACUGUGCCAUCCUGGGAGAGGAGUGGUCUUACAAGUAUCGCACCUCUGUCUACCUAGCUGCAAGUGCCAGUGCAGAGUUCUUUGCAGACAUCGCCCUGAGUCCAAUGGAAGCUGCCAAGGUCAGGAUGCAGACACAACCAGGCUUUGCAAGGACCCUGAGAGAAGCACUGCCAAAGAUGUGGGCCCAGGAAGGCUUCCAUAGCUUCUACAAAGGUCUGCCACCGCUCUGGUUCCGCCAAAUCCCUUACACCAUGAUGAAGUUUGCCUGCUUUGAGCGCACUGUGGAAGCCCUUUAUAAGUACGUCCUGUCCAAGCCCCGCGACGAUUGCAGCAAGCCUCAGCAACUGGUGGUGACCUUCGUUGGAGGCUACAUAGCUGGAGUCUUCUGCGUCCUGGUGUCCCAUCCUGCAGAUUCCAUUGUGUCUAAGCUGAACCAGGAUGCGGGAAGUACCAUGGUCCAAGCAGCCAGAUCUCUUGGUAUGUCUGGCCUUUGGAAAGGGUUUGUACCGAGAGUUGCCAUGAUAGGUACCCUGACAGCACUGCAGUGGUUUAUCUACGAUUCCUUCAAGAUCUACUUCCUCAUGCCCCGCCCCCCACCACCAGAAAUGCCUAUCAGCAUGAAAGCAAAACUAGAGUCCGACGAAAGAAAAAGGAAAUAAUUCUGCAUUCUUGCCAACACUCGAUAUGAAGAUAUCUUUGAUAGUGGAGUGCUACCAAUCCAUGUAAAGCACACUAAAAUACUGAGAAAAAGUUUACGCCACGUGUUCGUGUAGUCCCAUAUACAUCUUUCAGUG